AAAAUGUAAACAACAACAAAUCUGAUUCAUAUGUUCGCUUUGUUUUGCAUUAUCAUCGCUUUAGUGUGUAGUUGCAUUUUAGCAGCAAUCGUUUUCACUUUACUAGUUUUGUGUGUUAUUUUGUGUUUGUGUUCAGCUUGUUUAGUUUAUAUAGGGGAAAUAAUACAUGUAAGCGUUAGUGCACCAAACGCGACGCAGUACUGUGUGAAUGGUUCGUAAAGUUAACACGAGUUUGGCGUUCCGAUUUUACGCCCAAUUUGGUAAGAAAGUGCAUCCAACCAGAUGGCUGCUACACCCGGAGAUAGUUCCAGCAUACCGCCGGAGAAAAGCAUCGUACUGAAGGGCUGGGAAAAGCUGGACGAUGAUGUCAUUAUCAAGGAGGUGGCUACCAAGGGCAAACACGUCAACCUUUGCAUCCAGUAUCUUGCCGAACGGAACGAACUGUCGAUGAAGGAGGCCAAGAACUACUUUCUCCAGAAGGUGAAUGCGUACGUCUAUCGGUUACUGUCGAACCGGCAGCUUUACAAGGCACACCACAUCCUGAAGAACAUCGAUCGUGUCCCGCGGUACGUGUUCUAUCAGAUCGCAGCGGAAACCACCGAUCACGGAUUGCGGGACUACAUACGGGAGCAUUUGGCACGAACGGUCGAAAACUACAGCAACGGUGAGGAGGAACGGAUCGCUGCCAGCUGGCGGGUUUACACACAGCUAAAGGCGAACGUGCGCCAAAUGGCUGAGGUGCUAAACGAGGUGACGACCGGUUACACGGUGCUCGAGAUCGAGACGAUGUCGUUCAACACGUUCUGCAUGAAGGAGGACGUCUACCGGAACUCGGUCGCCGUGGAUUUGUUCUUUAAAAAUCAAGAAACUGAAAUUUCGCCCAUCCUCGACCGGUACACCGUUUGGAGCUAUCUGCUAAAGAACAACAUUGCCAAUCUGGUGAAGAUAUGGAUUCAACUAAACAGUUGCCUGCGACGCUGCUUCCACGACGGUACCGAUCCAACGCCACAUCUGCUACGCAUCAAAAUCGACAUCUACGAUGAUCCGCGCUUUAACGAGCGUUUGCGCCAGCUGUUUCAACGGUGGGAAAUUGAUGAUUUCAUGCUGUCGCAACUGUCCCAUCACCGUGCGCUUUCGCGCAACGAUAUCCUGCUGAACGAAUUGGCCCGGCUUGGAAAAUUCCUCGACCACGAACGUAACGAUGCGGUUCCGAUCCUUCGCCGGCUGUUUACCACCGAAUCGUUCAAGCAGCACCGCGAAUGGACGGAAGCGAAAUGGUUCCGUAUGCAGCUCACACGCCAGAUGGUGGAUAAUCGGUUCUUUACCAUGCUUGGGUUGCGGAUCGUUUGCAAAGAGUUGCUGGAACAGAUAGCAUCGGAUCCGACUGCACAGUAUCAGGAGGAGGUGCAACUAUUUUUGCAUCUUCAAAAACUAAAAGACAGCACAAUUACCGGCCAGGAGCUGUUGAACGUAUCGCGCACCACUUCCGCUUACAUACUGCAGCAUAAUCGUGCCUUUUACGAGGAAAACCCCAUUGUGUAUCUGUUUGAGUAUGGUUUAGAUGAGACAAACACACACUUUGAAGAGGACAAUCCAUAUCUGAUGAAGCUGCCACAUCUUCACAACUUUAUUGCACGCUGUAAGACUGGCUUUGGGGCAAGCGAAUCGUACGGUCUCGUUAUAAGGAAGCUGUUGGCUAUCGCUGGCAUCCCGGAUGCGGCCAAAGUGAAACAAUUUCUCUUCCACGGUACACGCACGGAUGCGAAUGGUGCUGUUGAGGAAGAGGAUGAACGUGCGUCACAGCUGGAACUGCUGGAGCAGUACGGUACCAUUCCACACUUUAACCAUCCGCUGCUGGUGAGCAAAUACGGACAAACGGUCACAUUGCGUUACAUGCACUACAUCCGACUGCAUCGGGCUUGCCACGCGGUGUACGAGUUCUAUCGCGAACAGUUGCAAAACUAUUCGCAAAUAUCCACCCGUCAGCUAAACAGUGCAGCGCAAACGGUAGCACAGCUGGCCAUCGAAAGCUACUGGGAUAAAGCACUCGCCACCCAUGCUGUCGCAUUCAUCGAAAUGAUCGGUGUAAGCAGUGUACCGACACGUGCCUAUUUGCGCUGUUUGUCUCUCGUUGGCGGUGCAGCUCAGGACGUGCAGCAGCAAGACGGCGACCGUACACCGAUCCGACUUACUGUCGCCAACUUGCUGCAACGGUGUGAGGAAGCGAUCGGUAACAAACUACUCGACGAUCCCGAACUGCUGAUCGAUCUCGAAGCGAUGACGAUCGUUGCGAAAACGAACGGACUACCCUAUCCCGAAUCGUACCUAAAGGAUAGACUGCUGGCUAGGAACGAUUGGUAUCGGUUUCUGCUGCUGGUUGAUUAUCUCAACUAUCCGCAGGAGCAAAUAGUUGAGCUGUGCCGGACGGGUUUCGGUGAAUCACGUAUCGGAAGGAAUCUUAUGACGGCACUGCUGCAUCAGCCAAGACCGAUCGAAAGUGGCCGGGAUGGACAGACAAGCUCAAGCUCCUUUACCUCCAUCAAGAGACGCUCGAGUUUAACACCUCGCCGUAGAAGAAGGGCAAGCAGUACAACUGCCGACUCAAGUGGUCAUUCUAGUAUCUCAAGCGAAACCGAUGGUGCUUCCAUCGGUCGAAGCACAUCCGGUAUCGGUCACACCAGUGCUUCAUCGCCACCGCUACAACUGCAAGCCACCGACAUCUCCACCAGCUCAUCUUGUUCCCUGUACGAUGGUGCCGGAUUCCUUUCCGAACGGUACGACACCGACCUAGUAUCCAUGGUGCUACUCUGCUCGAACGAAUCCAACCCUUACACGGCAGCACCAAAUCAGUUACCGUUCGAUUUCGAUGCCUUCAAGCGCCUCACGAUACAGGCAACUUCCAGUCGGCAAUCAUCUCAACGCUAUCCAUACACUUACCAAAAUUUGCUCGAUCGUGCAAUACGUUACCGGUGGCCAUUGUUAGCACUGCUUGCCGGCGAUAUUUGUCCGGAAGGUAGUGAGUGUCGUCGCUACUGCUGGAUAGUGUGGGCAAUGUUAGCCGGUGAGUUCCCGUUCCGGGACAAGCUGUCACAGGAGCAAACGGAUCGAGAACCUUCACCCGAACGGACAUUUGUAUGCGGUUUGAUAGAGCACCUGGUACGGACGGGUCGACUCUGUACGCUCGCUAGCUCACUGGCCGUUUUCUAUCCCGAUUCUGGCUGGUACCAUCUGGCGGCAUAUAUCAGCCUCACCGAGGACGUGCUGUUCGAUGGGAAUCAGGCGGCCGAACUGCUCGUUAGCUUUCUCGCCCGUUCCACCGCUGCCGGGGACGAAUGUUUCCUGCUGCACAUACCGAAGUAUGAAAUGUUUAACUUUUGCGCCCGUUUGCUUAUGAUACAUCUCGAUCGCCGGUCCUCGAUGCAUCAUCAGUUUUUAUUGCUCCAGUCGUACGUACGAUGUGAUUUCCAUUGCUUUCUCGUGCCUGGUAUGGAUUUCGAACGGAUGCUGCGCAUAUGCGCGAUUGUUCGUCACUGUGAUGUAAGGAUUGAUUUUCUUGCGCUGCACGAAUGUUCUAGCGGUGGCAAGGAGCAACAGCUAGGCGUGUAUGAGUCGCUGUGUGAACAGCUCGUUGCCAAAAAGCACCACGAGGCAGCCAUUGCCGUGGCGGAAGAGGCGGGUCUUCCACGUGAAAGUAUUAUCUUCGAGCAUUGGGUGAGUGGCUUCGAAUCGAGCGGUUCCGUUGGAUCGUUUGAUCGUUACCGGGUGGAAAGCGAACGUUACGGACUGGGGCCGGAACUGCGUAUCAGCUUCUUCACGCACAUUGCCAAUCGGCUUGAGUACGGUGACCGGCAGCGGUACGAUUUGCUGCGCUGUGCCCUAGAGCUGAUCCGAGAGCAUAGUCUCUAUCCGAGCGAAACGUUUGAUCGCGAUCGGUUGGAGUACGAGCUGGCACUGAGCUACAUACGCUUCACGGAUGAACGUCCGGAGUUGCUGGAACUUUACUGCUCCCAGUACUGGUGCAAUACACAGCAGCAGCAAAAUGCACCACCGACAGCGGCGGUACUGUAUCACACAUUUCUCGAGCUAAAAGAGGUCGCUGGCAUAGAUGAUCUUACACUGUCCAAUGUUCCGCUAACGCAAACUGAAGAGCGACUGCGGCUUGAUGCGCUUAUUAAUCGGCUGCUCGACUGUGGUGACAUCGUGCAAGCGUUGCGCUAUCAAGCGAUUUUUGAGCAGCGUCCACUGGAUCUACACUUUAUCGUGUUCUGUAUGGCCCUGGCGGAAGGGCUUGUCAGCUUGUACAACCUUUCGAAGGAGGAACGGAUGCUGCUGAACGAGGAUAGUGCUCGAUCGUCGGGGCGAUUUCAACGCCGAACGUUGCGGUUCAGUCGCGUUAGUCAAAGCAGCCAGAUAGGUGGCUCACCCAUGAAGAGUGGCCCAGCACAGCUAGAUUCAUCCGAUACGAGCACUACAGGAAUGUCCGAUUUUGAGGAAGUACCAUCCCGUGAUCGUCAAGAUAUUUUUGAAGCUAUUAGUGCCCUUGGUAAUCGCAUCACGCACGGACAGGAUCUUGCACAGCGCGUUGUCCUUACGUACCGUGUGGCGAUGUACCUCGAUCGAGAGUACAAUGAGCUGCUAAAGUUGCGCGAUCCACUCGCCUUCCUGCCGGAGGUGGUACGGGAAGAUUGCGUCCACAAGCUGGAGGUGAUCAGCGAUAUCGUUACCGCGACGCGCAUGAGCAUCGAAAGCUUUACCGAUUUUCUUGCCUCGGAAAUCGUUUCGGCGGUGGUACGUUCCAAGUUUUAUCUGUUCCAACGUCAACAGUCGCAGCCAAACCAGGCGUCCGAUGAGUUACUGUGGGGUUACAAUAUUGAUCGGGAGUUUCAUCUAUUUCUCGAGCUCGCACCAAGCACUACGGCGCUGGGCAAUGUGCUGUUGCGUUACUGCAACGCUUUUCGGCUGUAUCGCAAACGGCGGGAUACGACAGCGGACAGUGCGGGUGUGCAAGAUGCGUUGGAAUCGUUCGCAACACUGCCCGCUUUACGGUUGAAUGUGACCGGUACUGAUCACGUGAAUCGUUUGGAUCAAAUCCUGCAAGGACAAAUACUGUCGCUGAAGAAGCAAAACACCAUCAUUGUAGCGUUGCUGGUGAAGGCGCAUGAUUGCUUUGUGCACGAGUGUUCGAUGGAAGGCAUUAUGGAGGUGUUGGCAUGCUGCAAAGCACUUACCGUCAUACUGACAGCGGCAAAAUCAUGGAACCUGAUCGUCAAAUUGCUUGUCGGCAUCGGACGCUACCGCGAUAUGUAUUACUGCUUCGAAACACUGAUCGGACACGAACAGUUCGAAUCACUGCUAGGUCAGUUUGAUGAUCGUGCCACGAAUGGCCGUCGGUUGCAGUCCGCCAUCAUUACCUACCUGAACGAACACUGUCCGGAACGGCGUGAUUACUUCCGUCUGGCAGCGCUCCACUUUCGCAUGUACCGAGAAAUUGCCGAGCUGUGGGAAACGGAAGCGCACGGUACGAUCGAUGCGAUUGUCAAGACGUACGAAAUAAAGCAGCCAGUUGUGAAAGCGCAAUUUAGCACUGCUGCUGCAUACAGUCAUCGUCUGCAGGUGACGGCACUGCUCCAAACCGAACUAACCAGCGCUAUGGACGCAUUUACGCACGCGACCGAAAACUAUCUGCUAGAUAAUAAUCUCACACUCGCACAACGUGCCGCUGCCAGUGCCGAGCUAAUAGCGUUACAAAUCUGUUACGUACGCCAAGCGUUAGCUGCGUCGGAAAAAGGACAAAACGAGUCAAGUCCUUCGAGCAGUACCGCUAACAAACAGGCGUCAUGUACCUGUCUUUCUGUGUUGAAUAUUCGCCCAUCGAACGAGGACAAUCGGCGCGGUGGUGCUAUGCAGGAAAGCACAUGCACCAACACUGCCACCGGUACGUUGCUUUACUACAUCAACUUUGUGCUCAGUGUUCCGCAAGCCCUGAUCGUGGGCCGUGCGUACGGUAUCGAAAUCAAUUGGCCCGGUGCGAUCUAUCAGCACUACAUCAUCCAGGGCGAAACGGCGUACCUGGAGGACUAUCUCGAUCGGCUCCCACUAACGGACGGGAUGAUUGAAACGUUAGUGAAAUUGUUCCAGCUGGAACCAUCGCUUACGCCGCGGAUGGAGCAAGCGAUUGGCACCUUUAUCGAUCGCAUACAAUCGGUAACGCUCAAGUAUCGCUUAUCGUCACUGCUCGGGCUGAAGAAAACUAUACACGGUUUGAUAAACGGUGGCGCUGUCUACUAUCUGAAGGACACAAACUACGGCAAGAAUGAUGUGGAGCCGAGUGGUGGCGGUAGCGGAGGUAGUAGCGGUGGAGGAAACAGUGCAGCAUCGAGCAUAGUGGGUGCUGCAGGAGCUGCGCCAGGUGUUAGCAUGACGAGCAGCUUGGUAGGAAGUGCCAGCAUUACAAGCAAUACUGUGUCCCUGCACACAAUGUCUAGUUCGUGAGGAUAUUGGAGUGGAAAAUCGGGUGGUGAAUUUGUGAUAGUGCUAGGGGCUUUUACGAAAACAAGAGUUUAUGAUAGAUAGGAAUUUAAGAAAAAAAAACUGUAUUUAUUUUACUUCCAUGGCAUUAUGGCAAUAAACACGUUUCUCUCUCUCUCUUGGGGAUUGUUACUAA